AUGGAGGAAAAGAGACCGGAGCGAGGGCGGAUGGAGCAAGAGCAGGUGGGGUUGGACGAGUUGGAAGACUCGCCUGGGGACUCUUUCCCCACUGAGCCUCUGCCUACCACCACCACUCGUCGUGCUGCUGGUGGCAGAGGGGGCAGGGCUGGAAGGGCACGUGGAAGGGCAUUUGAGGAGGAGGCGGAGGAGGAGGAUGACGUGGUGGAGAUGGAUGCGGGGGAAGUUUGGAGGAGUGAGGCUAGGCAGGACCAGGGUCAAAGAGUGGCAACUUCAGGAGGGACACCUGAAGAGAAGAGCUGCUGUGAGGAAGCUGCAGGUUUGGCAGGAAGGAAAGGUGCAGCAGGAGUGAAGGGAGGUGCUGUGGGUAACGGGGGUGAUGAAGAAAUGGAAACGGGUGUGGUGAAAGCAAGAGUGGUGAAAGGAGGGGCGGUGAAAGUAGGGGUGGUGAAAGGAGGGGUGGUGAAAGGAGGGGAGGUGAAAGUAGGGGCAGUGAAAGUAGAGGCGGUGAAAGUAGGGGCGGUGAAAGGAGGGGCGGUGAAAGGAGGGGCGGUGGAGGAAGUGAUAGAGAUAGCGGACGACAGCACUGAUGAAUUGGAAGACUCGCCCGAAGACGUAAUCUUUCCACGCCGGCAUAUUCUGCGCGGAAAGAAAAUCAGCGCUCGUGCUGGUGCUGGCGCUGCUGCUGCUGCUGCUGCUGCUGGUGGUGCUGCUGCUGCUGGCGCUGGUGCUGCUGCUGCUGGUGCUGCUGCUGGUGGUAGUGGUGGCGGUGGUGUUAGGGUUGAUCGUGGUGCUGCUGCUGCCUUGGUGUUUCUAGACGCAGAUACUGCUGAUGAGGCUUUUAGUGGCGGGCAGGGUAUGGCUGAAAGCCUGAGGGAGGAGGGGGAGGGCAGGGGGAUUCGUGAGGGGCAUCAGAAAGAGGCUUGUGGUACCAAGCAGGAGAUGGCUGAAAACCCAAGGGAGCAGCGGGGGGUGGUUGUUGAGGCACGUGAAUCAGGGGCUUGCAGUCGCAAGCAGGAGGAGGUAGUUGAAAGAUCAGCGGAGGGGAGCAAGGGGGUGUUAGAGGGGCCGACUAAAAAGGCCUGUAGUGGCAGGCAGGAAGUUGGUGAAAGUCAAAGGGAAGAGGAUGAUGAUUGGGAGGCCGAUGGGAGAGAUGGAGAUGGGUGGGCGGACGAUUGGAAGGAGUUGGGUGUGGUGGGAGGAGAUGGGCAGGGAGAGUUGAAAGAAGAAGAGUUGUUCGAUUAUCUGUUGCAGCAAGGAAUUGCAGGAGGGAGGGCUGGGGUUGCAGGAGAGGGGGUUGGAGAAUCAGGAGAUGGGGGGAGGCAGGAGGGAACCCGUGCUCCUGCUCCUGCUCCUGCUCCUGCUCCUGCUCCUGCUCCUGCUCCUGCUCCUGCUCCUGCUCCUGCUCCUGCUCCUGCUCCUGCUCCUGCUCCUGCUCCUGCUCCUGCUCCUGCUCCUGCUCCUGCUCCUGCUCCUGCUGCUGCUCCUGCUCCUGCUCCUGCUCCUGCUCCUGCUCCUGCUCCUGCUCCUGCUCCUGCUCCUGCUCCUGCUCCUGCUCCUGCUCCUGCUCCUGCUCCUGCUCCUGCUCCUGCUCCUGCUCCUGCUCCUGCUCCUGCUCCUGCUCCUGCUCCUGCUCCUGCUCCUGCUCCUGCUCCUGCUCCUGCUCCUGCUCCUGCUCCUGCUCCUGCUCCUGCUCCUGCUCCUGCUCCUGCUCCUGCUCCUGCUCCUGCUCCUGCUCCUGCUCCUGCUCCUGCUCCUGCUCCUGCUCCUGCUCAUGCUAUUGCUAAUGCUGGUGCUCAUGCGAUUCCUCCUGCUGAUGUGCAUCGGUACGAUAACAAUCUCUCCGUUCCUCGUGCUCUCGCAGAGGAAGAAGCAGUGCGAGCGGAUGUGAUCGGGCAGGAGAAGCUGGAGGCUUCCAGCCUUGCAGAGAGUAGGGCGGGGAAAAGGGGAAGGGAAGACGCAAGUAAGCGGGGACACGGGAGUGUUGGGGGGACUGUGGAGGGAGCUAGCAGGAGGUGUAGCAAGGCCAGGAGAAGUAUAGCGUUCGGUGGAGCAGAUGGGGUUGAGGGGGCUUGUCGUGCUGCUGCUGAUGCUGCUGCUGGCGCUGCUGGUGCUGCUGGUGCUGCUGGUGCUGCUGGUGCUGCUGGUGCUGCUUGUGAUGCUUCUUCUGGAUCCCCAGCAGCAGCUGCUGCAGCAGUAGCAGAGGCAGCGACAACAGCUGCUGCACCAGCAGAAGCACCAGCAGCAGCAGAGGUAGCACCAGCUGUAUCAGCAGCAGCAGCAGCAGCAGCAGCAGCAGCAGCAGCAGCAGCAGCAGGAAGAGGUGGUGCUGUAGCGUCAUCCCAACCACUGCAGGCACACCUGCCCCCAUUUGUGCUCGUUCAAAUGGGGUCUGACUGCCUUCAAGUCGCGCUGCCCCCGUUUGCAACCACGGACAAUGAUGUAGGGGCAGAGGCGGGAACUGCAUGGGGACGGAAUCAGAAGCAGCAGCAGCAGCAGCAUCAGGGGCAGCAGGGGCAGCAGCAGCAGGAGCAGGAGAAAGUGCAGGGACAGGUGCGGGGAGAUGAGGAGGUGACAGUGGGGUGGUUGAUGCGACAACUCGAGCUAGAAUACCUUGUGCUACAUGCAGACGGUCCCUGCCCAAUCGUGCGCCGACUCUCCCUCAGCAACGUUGCUCUUUCCCCCUCCUUGCCUCUGCACGUGGCUCUCACUCUCGCUUCCCCAACCGUACCAUGUGGAAGCGUAGGGGGCAGGGGGGGCAGCGGGGGCAGCGGCUCAAGCCCGUGCCAGUCCCAGCUGCAGCAGCAGAAUGCCAUGCAAUCGACCGCCAACGGUUCUCAUUCCUACUGCCCUGCAUUGGUUGCCCACAUCACUGGUUGGCGGGCGCCGUCCCUCUCCCAGACCUACCACUUGGCAUGCAUUGAGCACGGCACACCCCCCUUGCUGCCCAUCAAACACGCGCUCUCACACAUGGUUCAUUCUCUGGAGCGCAUUUGCCUGCCAGGGUUGGGGCUCACAGACGAGCAGGCAGAGCCGCUGCUGGAUGCUGCUGCAUGCAUGCCUGCUCUAACCUUCCUCAACCUCUCACAUAACCAACUGGCUCAAAUCAACAUCCCCCUUUCUGGCUCAACCGCUGUUGGUGCUGCUGCUGCUGCUGCUGCUCCUGCUGCUGCUCCUGCUCCUGCUGCUGCUGCUCCUUCUUCUGCGUCUGCAACAUACUCCUUCCUCCUGUGCUGCUUUGAGGCACAUCAACAGCCGAUCCCCGGCAUUUCCCUUCCCCUUUUUCUCGAUCCUCUCUGCAGCCCAGCCGUCCCGGCCAUGCUGUCAGUAGCGGACAGGUCGGCUGCUGAGGUCUACUUUCCAUAUCCGCCUGUCCACCAACCCACCUGUCCUUUUCUCGCUCCACCUCUCUGCACCCUGGCCAUGUAUUGUAUUGUGCUACCUGCUGACAUGGAUACCGCCACACCCUCCCAUCUUGCAGGCGCCUCUUUCCCCUCUACUCAUCUCCCCUCCCAUGCUUCCUCUCUCCCACUUUGUCUCUCACGCUCCCCCCCACCCACCCAUGCUCCUCCUUGCAGCCCUCUCACGGCUGCAGACGGCUGCAGGGAUAUGUCCAUAAGUGCACUCAAGCGCCUCUUCUCCGCUCUCUCCUGCCUUCCACUGAUCUCUCUCUGCCCCGCCUGCCUCUCGACUGCCCUCAAGCGGCGGCUGUCUUUGCUCGCUUCCUCCUCUCCUGCCGCCGCCUCUGCUCCCUGCGCCUCCCUCAUGCCACAUUCUCCAUGGUUUCUUCUAGCGCCCAAGCUUCUAGCGAACUCCUUUCCUCAAGGGGUGGCAUUCUACAAUCGUUCGCACAACCAUUCCGCAGCCAUUUUUCACCCACUCAUUCUACCGUUUCUUCUUCACUACCCUCCCCCACAACCGCACCCCCUUCCUUCCUUCUUCCCACCUCCCCGCCACCCCACCAUCAUGGCUCAGUCGUCUGCAUUGGCGUUCCAACAAGCUGUGAUGGAAGGAGCAUCAGCACCAAGCCACCCUGCACAACCACAGCAGCAGCAGCAGCAGCAGCAGCAGCAGCAGCAGCAGCAGCAGCAGCAGCAGCAGCAGCAGCAGGCAACAGCACAGGCAGUCAGGUUCCAUCUGGAGCAGCUAGAUCUUUCUGGUGCCCUCAUCUCCGCUGCUCCCGCCACCCCUCUCGCCACCGCUCCUCCCACCUCUCCUCCCACCGUGCCUCCAUCUCCUGAAGCAGGCCACUGGCCGCACCCACCUCUCUCCACCCGUGAGUUUCCCAUGUCCCUCGCACCUCAUUCCACCCCCAAUCACCCUUCCAUCCCUCCCCUUUCCCCCCACCUUCCCCCGGGCCCUCUUGCCGUUACUGAAGCACCCAGCAUGCCUUCUCUGCCAUGCACGUCCCCACUGGCCCUUGCCCCUGCUGCAUCACAUGGCGUCCCCUCUCUACCAUGCACAUCUGCACUUAUUGACAUAUCCGAUCUUGCCCUUCUGCCCUUGCUGCACCACUUGGCGUCUCCUCUCUGUCACCUUGUGCAUGUGGACGUUUCACGAUGUACCCUUCACCACCCUUCUGCUCUUGCACUCCUGCAAGCUAUGGCAGGUCCCCGCCACUGCCCAGUCCGCUUCCUCCGCCUCUCCUUCAACCCGAUCCUCUCUCCCCCGCCCAACUCCCCCCCCACACCGCCCCGCACUGGCCCUUCCUCCGCCCAUGCAUCCCCCCCUCCUCUCCUCCCGUCGUCUCCUCCCCUCCCUCCCAUCCCUGCACAACCCAUGCUGCUUGGUGCUGCUGCAAGCUGCCUACCCACGGCUCCUCUCCAUUUCUCCUCUACUGGUCUUCCAGCUGUAAUAUCACCAUCUGUUGGUAAAAAUGAUGGGCAUGCAUCUUCUCCUUCUUUUGAGGCGCUUCAAAAGUCUCUUGGUAGAAACGAUGGUAAUGCAUCUUCUCCUCCUCGUUCCUGUGCUGUAAGCCCUUGCCGUAAGGCCGCGUUAGA